AGUAGCCGACUGUUUCUACCGCUGAUUAGGAUUCGCCUUAAAUCGAUAUAAGCAUGAGCGUUGUAGUCGCUCUGUUGGCUCCUAGUGGCGCGCAUUUUUAAAACUCAUAAGCCGUAACUUCCUCUGAAAGAACCGAUUUCCUUCUUCAGUCAUUCGUCUAUUACGAGUCGUCGAACUGCUCCAGCAUUUGAGUUUGGUGUUGGCGUUUUAGAAAUAUGACUUCUUCUGAGAAAACAUUGAAGUCUCUUUCCAAUAAGAGAUCAAGAACUACAUUUGAGCUAACAAAGGAACAGAAGGCAGAUAUGCUGGAAGCAUUCCACUUGUUUGACACUAAGGGCACAGGAAAGAUUGCAACAAAAGAGCUUAAGAUUGUUCUUAGGGCACUGGGUUUUGAACCACAGAAGGAAGAACUUAGGAAGAUGAUUGCUGAUGUUGACAAGGAGGGAACAGGAAUCCAGAAGAAAGGACCACAAUAACAGGAAGCUGCAGUAGCAAGGAUUUGUCCAAAGGAAAUGAUUGAUGAAGCAGACUUAGAUGGAGAUGGAGAAGUAAACCAGGAAGAGUUUCUACGAAUUAUGAAGAGGACAAGUUUAGAAUGAGAAAAAAAUGCACUGACUAGCAGUGCUAUUUCAUAAAAAAGUGUUUAUUUGUUUAAAUGUAAUGUUUUUGAGCUGUGUAAUGGGUAAUUAAGUUCUUUCAUGAAGCUAUUAGUAUCUUAAUUUUUCCUGUAAUAGUUGAAGCUCAUUGUUGAAUAACGUUAAAUGCUUUAACUGUUACUACUAGUGGUUUUGGGCAGAAUUAUGCUAUCAUCAGAAAGACAUAGAAAAACAAACCUUUAGUAAUAGACACAGAAGACUGACAGGUGAAACUUUCAAAACCAUGAAUCUGCUUUUUAGGCAAGAGAAGGUCUUGCUUAUCCCCAAUCUUUGUGGUCUUUUGCUGUAUAAGUGAACCAUUGACUUAAACACAUACUACCUAUGUCAAGUUUUGAGUUUGGCGUGUGUGCGUCAGUCAUCAGCCACAGCCAAAAUAAAAUUCUUUUGAAGCAAUCCUAGACUGUGAUGUCCACCUGUAAAAACGCCUUAAUUUAUAUA